CACGCACAUAUACACACACACUUUCGCACCUUUUCAGCCAUCAUUCUCGUCACCAGAUCUCUACGGCUCUCUGCCUUUCAUCACACCGCAACCAGAAUGCCUCUCUACAACGUCACCCUGAAGAAGGACUCUCCUCCCGAGGAGUUGGAUAAGGCCAAGCAGCAGGCCACCGAGAAGGGCGGUACCAUCAAGCACGAGUACACUCUCAUCAAGGGUUUCACUGUCGAGUACCCGGAGGGUAACGUUGCCGCUCUCGACUUCAACGAGCACCUGCACGUCGAAGAGGACGGUGAGGUGCGCACUCAAUCCUAGAGAGUCCCACGCUAUUCCUUCCCUGGACUCAUGAACACAAACGAGAAACAUGGAGGGGGAAUACUUGACGGUCGCGAGUCAUGUACGAGUUACGAAUCAUCUUAGUUACUGUAUAGCAGGAGACCAGCAUCGUCGGCGUGAGGACCGGUUCCGCUGUGCGGUGACUCUGGACUGAGCGUGAUAUUUGCCUCUUGUGUCUGUUUUAUAGUCAAUGGUAACAUACAUCUGUUUUACCUAUUCUCAUCUUUGUGUAUCUAUUAUAUAGUAUCUCCAUUUGUCAUUCGGAUCUACCCGAUGUCUGGCCCGCUCUUAACACGAGCGUCAGGGCGAUGGAUGCACCGGGUGACUUCACUCAGGGC